AUGGCGGCGAGGAAAAGAGGCGAGCUUUUUACUAUUUUGGAAACUAGCGCGGACACCGAGCCGAGCGCGGUCUCCGACGGAGAAGACUGUCCCCUGAACCUGUCCGUAGACGAGGAGGACGAGGGGGAGCCCGAGCUGAAGAGCGCGGCUGUGGUGGAGGCGGAGGAGGAGGAGGCGGCGGGGCACGAGACCGAGGACGCGGCGAGCUACAUCGCGGGAGGCGGCUGCAACAUUAUUCUGGUAACGGGCAAUGGCAUUAAGCACGAGGAGUACGAGGAGGAGUCCUACUACGCCAGCUCCAAUAACUGCUCGGACACCACCUCCACAGACUCGGACAUUGAUUUCUCCGACUUGGAGGAAGAGGAGCACGCAGGCUUGUUCGCCCCGUACGACGUGCUGGACGACGAGUGCACUUCUCCGGACUUCUGGGGAGAGCCCGACCAGGUAAUAUCAAUCGAGCCAUUCACCGCCGACUGUGGCCCCCAGCACUCGCUAGGGGAUGAUGCUGACACUUUAGACUAUUUCCGGUUGCUCUUCCCAGAUUCAUUGUUUGAACACAUGGUAGAACAAACAAAUAACUACGCCCUCUACCGGCAAAGGAGGAGUGGUAGGUCAGACCCCCACUGGCACCCGACUGACGUCAGGGAGAUGAGGGCAUAUGUCGGCCUUAACAUCCUGAUGGGCAUCAAUCAGCUUCCAGAUUACGGCAUGUACUGGGCCAGUGACAUUUUUAUAGGCAACGCCGGCUUUAAAAAAACAAUGACAGCCAGGCGCUUUGAGAAACUCAACCAAAACCUGCACUUAUGCGACCGUCUGUCCGAGCCCUCCAAAGGUGAGCUCGGGUACGACGGCCUCUACAAAAUCCGGCCUCUGCUGGACAUGGUAGGAAACACUAUGUGGGACUCCUAUUUGCCCAACCGCUGUUUGACUGUUGAUGAGUGUUCCAUUGCCACUAAAGGCCGUUUCUCGCCCACACAGUACAUGCCCUCCAAGCCUUUACGAAAAGGCCUGAAAGUGUGGAUGCUGUGCGACUCACGUUCAGGCUACUGCCAUCGUACACGUCUGCAUGUGGGCAAGCCCAGCGAUGAUGUGUCGACUGCUGCGCUGGGCCACCGCAUGGUCAUGUCCCUGGUCAGGGGGCUGGAGGGCCGGUACCACCACCUCUUCAUGGACAGCUUCUUCACCUCAGUGCCACUGCUGGAGCGCCUCCUGCAAGAUGGAAUUUACUCUUGCGGCCCCACUAAUCCAUACCGCCGUGGCUACCCUGAUGCCCUCAAGCCCCGCAACGUUGGCAAACUGGACCCGGGUGAGUUCUACCAGUGCCAGCGUGGCAACCUGGUAGCUACCGUCACCAGGGAUGCCAAGGUAGUCAGCUGUUUGUCGUCAAACUCUGCGCCGGGCAUCGUGGGCAUAGGACCUGGCAGCAAGCGUGAUGGAGACGUGGGCGACGGGGACGCCAGCAGCCUGUCAGCCCUUGGCAUUCCACGUCCACUCCCACUGCUCCUGUACCAGGAGAACAUGCGUGGCGUGGACCUGUGCGACCAGCUGAGGGAAUGCUACCAGGUGGGGCGGCCGUGCAAAAAGUGGUGGCGCUACUUCCUGUGGUUCUAUGUCAACCUGUGCAUUGUCAACGCCUACAUCAUUCUGCGUGAGAGCCGUGGUGGGGUGCCACCUGCAGGGUUUAAUGGCAAGGAGUUUACCCAACGGCACUUCCGUGUACGCCUGGCGCAGCAGCUAAUUGGGGACUAUCAGGGCGCCAGGGGCAUGGAGCGGGCCGCCCGCAAACGUCAUGCUGACUCACCCCUAGAGUACGGCCAUCGGCUGGAGCGUAUGUCAGAACGCUCACGCCGCUGCCGGAACUGCACCAACAAAGGACUGAGGCACGAGAGUGUGUUUGGCUGCAAAAUCUGCAACGUACACCUGUGCCGAGGAGGGUGCUUCAGUGAAUUCCAUAAAUAA